UGGAAGUGAGGUUGAAGUUAUCUUACUACGACGUUUGUCCUUAACAGCGUCUCGCCUAUUGAUCUGGGAAGUUUGAAGCUUUCCAACUUUACCGAAGUGGACACCUAAGUUACAAGUGCAAAGAUGAAGCCGACUGUGAUAGCUGUGUUGUGUCUGUCGCUUCUCUUGGUUCAUUUCUCACUGGCCAAAAAAGGAGGAGGGUUUGGUAGUAAAUUAAAUCUUUUUAAGAAGACUCCCAAAAUCACCCCCAAACAAUCUAAACCACCCAAACAACCCAACCAAGGGAGUUACCCACGUCAACCAGAUAGACCAGGGAGCUACCCUAACCAAGGAGGUUACCCCCAGCAACCAGGGGGUUACCCUAACCCCAACCAAGGAGGUUACCCCCAGCAACCAGGGGGUUACCCUAACCCCAACCAAGGAGGCUACCCCCAGCAACCAGGGGGUUACCCUAACCCCAACCAAGGAGGCUACCCCCAGCAACCAGGGGGUUAUCCUAACCCCAACCAAGGAGGUUACCCCCAGCAACCAGGGGGUUAUCCUAAACCCAACCAAGGAGGUUACCCCCAGCAUCCAGGAAGCUACCUUAACCCCAACCAAGGAGGUUACCCCCAGCAUCCAGGGAGUUACCCCAACCCCAACCAAAGAGGUUACCCACAGCAACCAGGGGGCUACCCUAACCAAGCCUGGGGCUAUCCAGGUGGAGGUCACCCAGCACAGGGCUACCCAUAUGGAGGGGGUCAUGGUGGUUAUGGCAGUUAUGGAGGCUAUCCAGGUGGAUACAUUAACUACAACCCAAACAACAAAAUCCCAAGCCCUCACUAUGGUGGCAGCUUUGGAUAUGGGGGUUACGGUGUUGGGGGCGGGUCUCCCUUUUCUCAGUCAGUUCAGUCAAUGGGCGUGUAUCCCAAAGACAAAUCAAGGCAGUUUGGAGGCAGUGCGAUGAUGGCAGCAGCUGGAGGGGCUAUGGCGGGAAUGGCCCUGGGCUACGGGUUAGGAAGGUUCCCCCGUCCUCACUUCCACUUCCACAGCCCCCAGGAGGAGUAUUACUACAACCACUACAUGUACAGGAAAUAUGGUAUCAAGUCUACUGACACCAAUGACUACGGCAGAGACUACAGCUACAGCCAACCUCCUAAAAACUAUGAUAACUUCAUGGAUGAGUGCAUAAAGAGAAAAGACCUUCUGCCUGCGGAGAAUCAACAGCCAAACAUCAAACCAGCUGCCACUACCAAAACUACAACUACUGCUGUCACCUCAGCCCCAGACACUCGCAGCAACGCAACAGAGAGCAACAGCACUGCAGCAGGUAACACCACGACCUCUGCACCUUCAACCGCCCAGCUUCAAAAUCAGACUGAAGCCAGCCCUGUGCCUCCAGCUUCACAGACUCUCGGAAAAACUGUUACUGAUGAUGAUGAUGAUGAUGACACAGUCAGCAUUGUGGAGAUCGGCUACCCAGCACUGAUCAAGCAGCUGAAGGUCAGGAGAUGCUUGGACCUGUACAUGGUUUACUCUGAAAAGUACCUGAAGAAAAAUACAGAACGAAGCAUCAGCGACGGGGUGUGGGGACUGGAAAUGGGCUCGCAGGGGCUUUUAGCUGUGGUCACCAGUACUAUACUGAUGCUACUGAAUAGCAACAUGCCAAUACUGCUGCGCUGACGCCUUCAUUAGCAGUUGUGAAUGAGAAGUGUUACUACAGAAUUGAGGUGUACAGCAAAGAAUGAGUUCAAGAAAUGAAGUAAUUCAGCAGCGUGGCUCUAGGUAUGAAAGUGUCCAGACUGAAAAACAACUAGAGGAUGGAUUUGCAUAAAAGUUUGUGGUCUCCAGAGACAUUUUUGGUUUUUAAUAACAUAUCUUGAUGAGUUUUGGGUAAUGAUUGUGAAUCAGUUCUAACAGCUUUGGUGAUCCUCUGACUUUUCAUGCCAUCAUCAGGUCAUUUCUGUCGAAUACUUUGGUUUAUGACAAUGAUGGUUUCUGAUAAAACUAAUGGCAUUCGUAUCAGCCUCAGCUGAGCUUUGUGCUUUUGUACUAAAUAGCACAUUUUCCUACGCUAACAUGCUAAACUAAAACAGAUGAACAUGGUAAAUAUUGUGAGUGUGUUAGCAUACUUAUGACAUUAGCAUUUAGCUCAAGGCUGUGCCCAAGUAUAGCCUCACAGAGCCAGAAGCAUAGCUGUAGACUUGUUUUAAUUAUUCAAGCAAGCAGGCCAGUGUCACUGGCUGAGGGGAUUGGUUUUCACUUUGGGGCUGGUGCAGGCUCUGUUGUGGUGACGAUCUGUGUAAAUAAACAGCUUGGCAAUAAGAGAUUUGCUUUAAGUGUGAUACAGGACUUGUAUUAACUCAAGGGGUGCUGAUGUUGGAGGGCUGUCUGAUUUAAGGACAAUCCAAAGAGGAAAAGAGUGAAUAUUAUACUGAAUACAGACGUUAGACAGAGCAGUUCUGGCAUACCUGAGUAUUUGUAGUGGAUCUUUUUUUGUUUUACCAUUUUCACCCUGUAUUAAAUAUAACUGCACUUUCAUCUUGUGAUCAUGCAGUUCAUUGAAAUUCAAAAAUCAAAUCAACCAUAUUUAAGGCUGAUUAUGACCUCUGUUGGUACUUAUUUUAUUUGGAUAAAACUAUUCGAAAGUAUGCAUGUUGUUGUCCUAACAAUCCUUAAAUUGCUCAUGUUUAAUAAAUACAAAGAAACUGCUGUACAUACAAUUACUCACGUACAAUAGUGUGGCAUACCUAUCCUUUCCUUGAGGAUUCCCAUUUUAAGUUACUUUAUACUUCUUCUUCGCUACAUUUCAGAGGGAUAUAUUGUACUUAUAUGUGGUAUGAUGCAGUGCUAUACUGCUGAUCUGCCCAGGAGUAUACAAAUUAUAAAAAUGGCUCCACAUAGACGAACAACAUUAAAAUGCUCUGACAUGUAUUUGUUAGGGAUAAAAACAGAAUAUGAUUGACACGGCCGGGAGGCACGAGGUUUCAGGACUCAAAU